UAUUCCUUCGAGCCUUUGUCUAGCCAUGCACGCACCGAUCAAACACCUAAUUUUGGGGGUCAAGUGUGCAUAGACAUUGACAGUGAUGGGAUUAAUAACCAGUAACUUAUUUUGGACUAAUUUCUAUGAGCAUUCGUUGGAUCUGGUCUGAAGUUAACAUUGACCAACCCAACCUAUUUCAGUGGACUAGCCCAGAUGUUUCCCUCACGCGCUUGUAAUUAUUUAGCCUAACUGUUGAGCUAACAUGAGCCAGGAUAGGAACAGAGAGUAAUAAAGUGAUUAUUAAUCAUCUGUUCUAACUCUAUAAUCUUAAUUCUUAACUAAACAAGUUAUUGAUGUGGCCACCAACCCAGUCUAUGCAUAAGAGUCACUGUGGGGAGUUGGAAGGAACUUACAUGGUGAUUACAUCAGAUGGUCUAGCCAUGAAAACACUGAAGACUUAAGUUUCCCUAUUUUGCACUCUGAAGUUGCAGGAUACCUUCCUCCUUUAAUAGGUCAAAGUCUUUAUAGAUGAUGAAUCUGUGUAGUAAUGGAAGGGUAUUUUGCCUGUGAAUUUCAGAAGAGAAGGUCAACUGUGAUGGAAUACUUUGUUUACGAGUUAGGUUGUCUACAGAUUAUUAAAACAAAAUUUUAUCUACUACAAAUCUGAUAUCCUUUGAAAUCUAAAUGCUACUAAAUUAUAAUAUUGCUGAAACUUAGAGUUGAUACAACGACAGCCAUCCAUCUAUAUAUGUGUAGAGUACUGCAGCUAGGGUCACCACUGCAAGCAUCAAGUCUAUACUCCUUUGUUUACUUAUCAUGAACUUAUGCCGCUUAAGUUUUUUGCCUGCCUUCAACACUGCCCUUCUGGACACUUCGACAAUCUCUUGCUUUACUCAAAAGGACAUAUUUUCCCACAUCGAUGUGAUGACAGACAACUUGAUCAAACUUGUAAAGAUGUGAUGUAAGGAGGUGGAAUUUGUGACUGGAUCGAGUAUUGAUUAUUGCAAAUUAGUUGUGCUGACAUUUUGAAGUCAAACUGCAUGAAGAGAAUGGUAGAAGUUCUUGUUCCUUUUGUGAUAAAAAAGAUAGGGAUAGCAGUGGCAUGUGAAACUCUAAAGUUAGCUAAGCCCUUGCUUGGAAGCAAUUCUGAGAUGCGAAUGGCUCUUCCAGUUAACAUGAAAUUAAUAAAAGGUGAACUUGAAAUUAUUAAUGCAUUUCUGAAGGAAAUUGGCAUGAAUGGUUGCAAUAGUGAAAUCAUAGAAACUUGGACAAGACAAGUCCGAAGGUUGGCAUAUGAUAUGGAAGACAUUGUGGAUCAAUUCAUGCAUGUGGUUGGUGAAUACCAACAGAAAGGGUCAUGGGCCUGUGUGAGGAAAGUUUUCAAGAAACGUCAGUAUUUAUUUUCACUUGAUGAAAUUGCUGCGAAAGCAGAUAUGAUAAAUAAAGAGCUUAUGGAGCUUUCAAAUAGGAUGGGUCGUUGGACCCAACUAAUACCUGGUGUGAGUUAUAAUCCUGCAAUGAACUAUGACAGUGAGCUACUAUAUCAAUUUGGACAUGAUCAUUCUAUCAAUGACAAUGAGCUUGUAGGAAUUGAUCUUAAUAGAGAAAUCUUGAUUAAAUCAUUGCAUCUACAAGAUACUUCCCUCCGGGUCAUUGCUAUUUGGGGUAUGGGUGGCCUUGGGAAAAGCACCCUUGUAAAUAAUGUCUACAAAAAUGAAACAAUAGCAUCAAAGUUUAGUUGCCACGCAUGGGUUUCUGUUUCUCAGUCAAAUAAAAUGAUUGAUAUUUGGAGAAACAUGCUGAAAGAAAUAUACGGAAACGACAAUAGAACUUUUGAUUCUGGAAGCAUGAACAGUGCAGAACUAAGAGUGGAAUUAAUGAAAAUUCUUGAUAAAAAGAGAUAUUUGAUCAUAUUGGAUGAUGUCUGGACAGCUGAAACUCUUUUUAAAAUUAGAGAGGUUCUUGUUGAUAAUGGCCUGGGAAGCAGAGUAAUAAUCACGACAAGGCUUGAGGAAGUGGCUUCAGUAGCUGAGGAUGGUUGCAAGAUCAAGGUAGAACCGCUAAAUGACCAUGAUGCAUGGCUUCUAUUUUGCAUGAAGGCAUUUCCAAAAACUAAGAAUCAUAUCUGCCCUCCAGAACUACAUCAGUGUGGUAAAGACAUAGUGGAGAAAUGUGAUGGUUUACCAUUAGCUAUUGUGGCAAUAGGGAGUUUGUUAUCCCUCAAAACAAGGAAUAUUAAAGAAUGGAGACUUUUUUACUAUCAGCUUAUUUCAGAGAUACACAACAAUGAGAACCUAAACCGAGUGGAGAAAAUUCUAAAUCUGAGCUACAAGUACCUGCCAAACUAUUUGAAGAAUUGUUUCGUAUAUUGUGCUAUGUUCCCAGAAGACUAUCUGAUCCACAGAAAAAGAUUGGUUAGACUGUGGAUCGCUGAAGGGUUUAUUGAACAAAAAGGUGGCUGCAGUUUAGAAGAUGUUGCUGAAGUUUAUCUGACAGAACUUGUCCAGCGAAGCAUGCUUCAGGUUGUAGCAAGGAACAGUUUUGACAGGAUACAGUGUCUUCGUAUGCAUGAUCUUGUGCGUGAACUCGCCAUUUUCCAAUCUAAAAAGGAGAAUUUCUGCACAAUUUAUGAUGAUACUCAUGGGCUGGUGCAGGUGGGAUCUGAUCCUCGUCGUAUGUCAGUACUCCAAUGCAACAACGACAUUCAAUCCAGCAUAGAUCCAUCCAGGCUUCGCACCUUCAUAGCAUUUGAAACCUGCAUAACAUCAUGUUCAUGGUAUUCUUUUAUUCCCUCUGAGUCUAAGUACCUUGCAGUAUUAGAUUUAUCAGGCUUCUCUAUUGAGACGAUUCCCUAUUCAGUUGGUUUGCUAUUCAACCUGAGGCUUUUGUGCCUCAACGACACAAAUGUGAAGGAACUACCUAAAUCUAUUACGAAGCUCCACAAUUUACAAACAUUGAGCCUUGAGCGCACACAAGUACUGAAUUUUCCACAAGGAUUUUCAAAAUUGAAGAAACUGCGUCACCUACUUGCUUGGAAAUUGCUAGAUGCAACAUAUAGAAGUUUAAAUAAUUGGGACUCUAUGGAGCCAUUUGAGGGCUUCUGGAAUUUGAAGGAAUUGCAAUCCUUGAAUGAAGUUCGAGCAACUAAAGUCUUUGUUGCAAAACUAGGGAAUUUGUCCCAGUUGAGGGCCCUUUGCAUUACUCGCAUAAGGAGUAGCCACUGUUCACAAUUGUGCAACUCUCUAUCGAAGAUGCACCACCUUACAAGAUUACACAUAAGAGCAAUCAACAAAGAUGAGUUACUAUUUAUGGAAAAUUUGACAUUGCAAAACCCUCUUGAAAAGCUCGAUUUGGUAGGGCGCUUAUCUGAAGGAACUCUGGAAUCUCCCUUUUUCUCUGCCCAUGGAAGUCAACUUCUGCAAAUAGAGCUAGCAUGGUGUCAGUUCAUAGGUAGUCCAGUGGCACAGCUUUCUAAAUUGUCAAAUUUAACUGAAUUACGCCUUACAAGGGUGCACACUUGUCAACAGCUAAACUUCCAUGGGAAGUUAUUCCAAAAAUUGAAGAAGAUAGUCUUGUGGGAUUUGCCAGAGGUCAAUCAAAUAUGCAUACAUGAGGGUGCUUUGGUCAGCCUUGAAUGUCUUCAUAUUGAUAGCCUCAAGAAAUUGCGAGAUGUACCUAUUGGUAUCGGAUUUCUCAGUUCUGUCAAAGAAGCAUACUUUACCAGGAUGCAUUCUGAAUUUGUGAGGAACCUUCAAACGGGAAAGCUAAAUCAUAUUCCGAAGGUCUACUGGUCAACAGAAGGAGUGUCCUCAGUUGAAACAGAAGUAACUAACCUGCCUGGUCCAAGCAGCACCAGCCCGCAGUGGCGCAUUUUAGGUGGGUCAGGUUGGGUUUUCAUCUAACCCGGCUUGCGAACGGAUGACGAAGAUGAAUCCCAGACUUGCUGAAGUACAUGUGUUUCUCCUAUGGUCAGCACGGCGGUGGCAACUCCUGGGAAAUUCGUUUUGGUGGGUGUCAGUUUCAAGGGCAGCUGGGACUUGCCACUGCACUCUUAUUCGACAGGAUGCACCGUGUCAAUCUUCUGGUCCAAGAAGCUUCUUCACCGGGCCAGUUUCUUGUUGACUUCGGUUGAUGUCGGUGUCCAUACCGUUGCAUCUGAAAUCAUACUACAUCCAUAUGGAUUAUUGUUACAAUGUUGUCAGUUUGGCGUUGUUCUUGUGUAACUCUAUUUUGGCUGCCAUCUAGUAUGCCACGUUUUAAAACUUUUGAAUCCUUGCCUUAGAAAUUCAGGUGAAAUUCAUAUUUG